AUGGCAAUCUUUGAUGAGAGACAAUCAUGUCAACCUUCGCACCACACGCUGUUCAGGUGUCCAGUGCAGGACGGCGCCGAAGAGGAGCGCGGGCAGCUGGCUAGCCUGACUUCGGCGCACGCGGUCACCGCCGGGCGACAGCCGACAUGCAGCCGGGGCGCCUGCCGCAACGGCGGCAAGUGCCUGCCUCACGCCGCGUCUGGGCCCAGGUGCGCGUGUCCGGGCCACACAGUGGGCCCACACUGCAAUCUUCUCACCCGACAUUUCAGGCCAUCCAGUCCCGCUUCUCGAUCCGAAUAUUCGUCUGUACCCUCAUUCAUGGCUUUGCCCUCCCUCCCCACUUGUUCACAACUGCACAUCACCAUCUUCGUGCUGACUCAGCACAAAACUGGCAACAUUCUCGGCUCUAAGUCACGAGUCGAUCAAAAUUCUCGAUACUUUAACCUGCUCCUCGAUGAUGGAAGACCCAAGCUUACCAUCAGAAGUAGCGGACCAAAACCUCCGAAAAGUUUGACUCUGCAGAAAAAUAUCUCUGACAAUGUUUGGCAUCGACUCGACGUUUUUUGGAUUAAUGAGACGGUGACCGUGAUGCUGGAUCACUGCCUGGACACAGGUUCAGAUCCCUUCGCCUCGACCAGCCAAACAACAUCCAGCCUUCCUCUCGACUCCACCCAAUGCCGGGGCUCUCUUCCCCUUACCUACAACGAAGGCCCUAUUGGUUGGGGAGCCCCUCUCCAGCUUGGGGGACGUUAUGAGGACCCCAAAUCUUCACACGAGAGAAAAUCUCUUAACACUGAGAAUGAUUUUCACGGCUGCUUGUCGCACGUGCGCGUCAACAAAGAAUUCCAGGACCUCGGGUCGCCAGGCGCCAUGACCGCGAGCGUGGCUGGCUGUGGCGCCCUCUCCUGCUUCCGGCCCUCGAACGCGUGUCCUCGGCACGCUCGAUGUCAGGGGUCGCCGGGCGCGGAGCAGUGCGAGUGCGCCCCGGGGCGGGCGGGUGCCGGCUGUCUGGCCGAGUCUCCGGCGCUGUUCUUCCUCAGCAAAAGUCAUGUCAACGUCGCUCUCUCCUUCACCCCGCCCGAGUAUUGGGCGCAAAUUGAGCUUAGGUUCCGUACGCGGACGAGCGACGGUACACUUGUGCUUCUGCGGUCACGUCACCGCACCGACUGGCUGAGUGUGGAGCUCCAGGCCGGCAGUGUUUGUCUUGUCGUUGGCUUGGACGGUCGCGUGUACACUUCGCUCUGCGUUGCUAAAACAUUCGACGACGGAGAAUGGCAUCAUGUCAUCGCGCUCAGGCACGCAGAGUUGCUGGAGGUUGCCAUAGAUGAGGCGGAGCAAGACUCGUACGCCAGCGCUCUGCUGCCAGAGCUGCAGAGUUUACCUUUCAGCGUCAGCAGACACGACGGCGCGUGGCUGGGAGGUCUGACUGAGAGUGCGGGUGUGAGGCCAACAUCUGCGGAUGAUGUCUUCAGAUCUGUGGAUGUGGCCCCGAGAUCUGUGGAUGUGGCCUUCAGAUCUGCGGAGGACGCCUCAAGUUCUAAAGAGACUCUAGAACUUACGCAGAGUUAUCCAGAUGCUGCUAAAAAUUCACGUAUAUCUUCAGCAAAUUUAGUUAAUAGCAAAACUGAAGCGUCUACUCAGAUGCAGCGCGAGGCUCGUCACACCAACUCCCGGCCGCUUGUCUCCGGGAGAUCGGGCAAUCCUCGGCUCCCUGGCUUCGAAUAUUUCAUAUUUUCCUGCGAGAAACGAUCUCAGUCUCACCGCAAGAAGAGGAAUAUAGUCGAGCUGGAUGGCGGCAGCUUGUGGAAGGAUUUUAAUAAUGGUGUAAUGAGUGGAAAUGUUUGUGUUCAGUGCGCCGCUGGCGAGGAACUCUCGCGUGACGGCACCGCGUGUUUAGACGUCGACGAAUGCCGCUACGACCCUUGCCUCAAUCUGGGCGUGUGUGUAAACACUCAUCCUGGGUACCGCUGCGUCUGCGGACCGGCGCACCGCGGAGAGCACUGCGAGUGGGGCGCCGCCGGGGCGCUGGAGGCUCCGUACUCGCUUAGCAUUCUGGUGGCUUCAGCUGCCGCCUCAGCAGCUGCACUGUUGCUCAGUAAUGUUGCUCGGUUCCGCUAUUUUUAUUUCCACACUUACUGA